AUGGCGCCGCGGCCGCGAGCCCUGCCGGGCGCCCUGCUCCUCCACCUCGGGCUCCGCGCGGCGCUCGCCCUGCACGCCCACGGCGACGCGGGCGGCCCGCCCGGUCUCGAGGGCCCGGGGGACCCCUUUGGCCCGCUGCGGGGCGCGCUCCGCGCGGCGCGGGCCUCCCUCGAGGCCCAGGGCAGGCCCGUCGCCGACCUGCGCGCGGCGCUGCGGCGGGCGGCGGGCUCGGCGGGCGGCGGGCCGCGCGGCGCGGCGGAGGACGAGGGGAUCUCGGAAGGUGGCGGGGUCCCGGAGAAGAACGGGAGGUACGAGGGGGCGUCGACCCUGCUGCAGGAGGAGGUCGAGAUGCUGUCGGACUCGCAGCGGGAGAUGCUGCGGGGGAUCCAGGCCGGGUCCAUCGGCAAGAACAGGGUCGAGAUCGUCCUCUCGCACUACAACGAGUCCGUCGGGUGGAGCAAGAUGUACGACGCCAUCAUCACGCCCUACUGCAAGGGUUAUCGGGAUUACCACGGGGGGUACCCGUGGACCCCGCGCAACUGCAGGCAGCUGCCGAAUGUGGGCCGCGAGGCCCACACCUUCCUGCACCACAUCAUCGAGAACUACGACAAGCUUGCGGACUGGACCGUCUUCACCCAGGCGCAGGCGCCCACUGUCGGCUGGUCGGGCGCCGCGGGCGACCGCGAGAACGGCCACGUCUACCCGGGGGUCACGUUCCACGACUACGUCCUGGGCGGAGGGCCCUUCUCCGGCAGCGGCGGCGACAGCCAGGGCGCGCGGUUCGUCUUCAACGGGCACUGGAAGCCCCCUCGGCAAGGAUUGGAGUUCGAGACAGUCCGCAUGUGCUUUGCGGGCAACUACUACGUGGACAUGCGCGAGCAAGGAAAGCCCAAGCGCCUCAACACCACGUGCCCGAGACUGAAGUCGAAAGAGUCGCAGCUCUGGCUGGGCGGCCUCCCCGUCAAUCAGGCCCUGCUGGCGUACAUCGACACGUUAGGCGCGGGCAGCGAGAGGAAUCUAUUCUACUCGCAGGGGGCGCGCUUCGCGCUGUCCCGAGAGAGGAUCCGGCAGCGGCCCCGGGGGUUCUACGAGAAAUUGCUUGGCACCCUGGACUCUGAAGUGUAUCCCGUGGCGGGCAUUUUCGCCGAGCUGCUCUGGUACUACAUUCCCGGUAGGCCGGAUAAGCACCGGCAGCCUUGUGUAGACCAUGCUCAGGCGUGCCCCGAAGGGUACGAGCAGUUGGGCAGCUCUUCGGAUCAUGCCGAGGAUGGCAUUCUGCAGAGGCUGAACACCGGCUCCAUGGCUGAGUGCGCGGCGGCGUGCGGUGCGAACCGCUUGUGCGAGUCGUUCGAGUACCACGCCCACCGCCCUAAGCUAUGCGUCCUCCAGCCCAGUAACAACUCCGCCGAGGGGGCACAGACCGGGUUCUGGGCCGGCGCCGUCGCGUGCCGGCGGACUGGCGCGCGGCGUUCGUAG